CAUCGACCCCCGCACUGCAGAGCGAGCCUGUUACAUUAAGCAAGUGUUGUGCUGGACUGAAUCCAAACUCCAUCCACAGAAAAACAGUUGAACAGGUCGACAGCUUCAAGUACCUAAUCAGCUCUGACCGACACGCCAUCGCUGUCCAUUAACAGAUCCAGCGCGGACUCCGUGUUGUGAGGAAAGUCUUGACACUUUUUCCUGUUGUUUCUCCACAAAAGCAUAAUCCUGUGGCACCGCUCACCCUGCCUCUUCGUCAUGGUGACGGUCAUUAUCCUCCAUGCAGCUCACCUCUCAGACAUGCACAUCGGAGUCAUCGCAUGCAGAGCACCAAUCAGAGCAAAUGACACUGAUCACCCACUCAAUCCACACUUUACACUACCCCCGACUGGCCUUAGGUACAUGAGUCUAAACUGGAGUGGCCACUUUUUCCCUUCUGUCAUUGCAACCCUGAAAGAUGUCUCGCGGAAUUCUGCAUAGACAAUAGGUUUUUUUUGUAUAUGCACAGCAUGUGACGUGUGUGUUGUUAACGGCAUAACACAGUGUUCAGGCAUACAAAGAUUACAUUCCUGAAACCUGUGUUCCACUGUCGUUUUGCCUUUUUUGAAUGGAAACAGAACCGAUCUAGUUAAUUUUGGUAUAUCAGUGCCCAUAUUCAUCAACUCUAAUUUGACAAGGAACCUUGCCAAGAAUGCUGAAAUUACAACUGGUUUGCAUCAUUAGCAUGACAUUACAAGUCGUUUGUGGAUGUCAGCCACAGCUGUCGGGGUCAGUCUGUAAAUUAUUGAGGGUGUAUCGUGUUUUCAGUACUUACUGCAGCAGGACAACCGACACUACAAUUACAACUGCUUCAUACUGCAGGAGCAGAAUUGCAGCACAGAGUAACAAGAGUCAAAUUGUGAAGGCACUUUAAGAUGGAGUAAUCACAGCCUGACAUGAGCUUGCUCGACAACUGAAAAUGGUUGCAUGGAAUUAAAUCUACUGUGAGGGCAGUUACAUGGAGCCCCAGCAUCGCCAGAGAGCUGCGGGUUCGCAGGCAAACAUGAAAGUGAGUAAUUUGUUGCUCAGUGCUUUGCUGUGAAGGUGCUAGCUGCUGCUAAUUUGCUGGUGGAGUUACAGGCAUGAAGGCUGGGACCACAGUUCGACACUGUGUUUCAUCAACCCACUGGAUAUUUUAAGGAGAUGGUUUCUGACCAUGGUUGUAGCAACAACAACUGUACAGUUUUGGCAGGAAGUCUUCCCACUACGCUUGUGGCAACAAAGCCGGAUGUUUUUAACCAGACCUUGGGACACCUCCAGCUGUGUUUGCGGUGACAAAAGCAGUUAACUGAAGCUAAAGUAAACAUGAUCUUUUUCAGCACUGUGUUUUGACAACAACAUAUGUUAGAUAUUUGAACAUAAAGAUAUUUAAAUGAAAGUCAGUUUGCAGAAACAUAUAUUUCCAGCGUUUAUUCUGCCGUUUGGGUUGCUAAACCAAAAAUAGUCCUAAAAAUAACCUUUUUUUGGGUGAAAAUGUGAGGUUGUCUUACAACCAAUGUAUUUUUUUAUUCUGAAUAUUUCAGUAUACUAACCUUGUAAGAAAAUGUACAUGUUGCACAUAGAAGAAUGGGGGGAUAAUAUGGGGGCCAGCAGCAUUUUUUUUUUCACCCCAGGCCCCUCAAGAAGCUUAACAUGAUCAUGUUAAAACCAAUCUAGAAACUGCAUACAUACAUUCAUUUUGGUAUUUGGGUCUCUUAACCUUUUUAAAUAAGGUAAUUUUGUAGGGAUCAUUAUGGUUAUAUUAAAACCAUAUUGUGUUUUGUUAGCAUACACGUUAGGACAUUCAUUCAUCAGCCUUCUGGUACUUAACUCAUUAUAAUAUCCAAGUAGUCAUCGGAGCGGACUUCACUGUACUAUGAGUAUAUGCCUCCCUUCCACUACCAUAAAGUGGUAUUGCGCUUUUUGGCUUAAGAGAGCAACACAGCAGCACAGUAUUGACUGUAGUCACAGUGUCAGGGUGGGUCUGUCACAUAUGAUGGUGAUGCGAGGCAGAGGGAAGGAGGGCUGAUGACAGAGCUGGCACGGUGAGAGAGACACGCAUUGUACUUUGCGCUGGAGAAAAAGAAGGCGCGCUGCGCCUCUCCAUCACAUUCCACUUUCCAAACACCGACGAGGGGAAAGAGAAGGGAGCCAGGAUGUAAAAAGAAAAAAAAACUGUCAAGAGAACGUCUACAACAGACCAGCUUCUUCUUCUUCUUUCUUUCUUUCUUUCUUCUUCUUGAGUCUCUGUGUGGUUCCACAGACGAGCUCCAUACCGCUCCACCAGCCGCGUGCUGUGCGCUCUGCUCGGUGCGGGAGUCCGUCGACCGACCACGGGGAGGAGGAAGAGGAGAGGUGCCGCUCGCUGCUUCCUCCCGCUUGAUGGAUCCGAGCCCUGCUGGUCUCACUUGUGUGUGAGGACUCCGUCUCUGCAGAAAAGUCCUCUCCUGUUUUUGGAAGAGUUGGGAUUGUGUCCCCUCCUCCAGUUUUAUCGAUGCCAUUAAGGCGACUCUGAAGGUGAGGAGGACUGAUUUAAAGACUGCAUCUUCACAAUGGCUUCAGGAGUAGCAGCAUGGCUCCCUUUUGCCCGGGCAGCAGCCAUUGGCUGGAUGCCUGUCGCCAACUGCCCCAUGCCCAUUGCACCAAGAGACAACAGCAAGAGACAGGACGAGCUGAUCAUCCUCAAUGUCAGUGGCCGUCGUUUUCAGACCUGGAGGACCACUCUGGAUCGCUACCCUGACACCCUGCUGGGCAGCUCCGAAAAAGACUUCUUUUACAACGAGGAAAGCAAGGAGUACUUCUUUGACCGGGACCCUGACGCCUUCAGGAGCAUCCUCAACUUCUACCGAACGGGGAAGCUCCACUACCCCCGCCACGAGUGCAUCUCCGCCUACGACGAGGAGUUGACCUUCUUCGGCAUCAUCCCCGAGAUCAUCGGCGACUGCUGCUACGAAGAGUACAAGGACAGAAAGAGGGAGAACUUGGAGCGGCUGCAGGAUGACCAGGAGGAGAACAAGGACCAGAAAAUGCCCAACAUGAACUUCAGGGAGACCAUGUGGCGGGCCUUCGAGAACCCCCACACCUCCACCAUGGCCCUGGUCUUCUACUACGUCACAGGAUUCUUCAUUGCCAUCUCAGUCAUCACCAAUGUGGUGGAGACGGUGCCCUGCGGAUCCACCGCCAACCAGAAAGACAUGCCGUGCGGUGAACGCUACACAGUGGCAUUCUUCUGCAUGGACACCGCCUGCGUCAUGAUAUUCACAGUGGAGUACCUGUUGCGCCUGUUCGCCGCGCCCAGCCGCUACCGUUUCAUGCGCUCAGUGAUGAGCAUCAUCGACGUGGUGGCCAUCUUGCCGUACUACAUCGGCCUGGUGAUGACCAACAACGAGGACGUGAGUGGCGCCUUCGUGACGCUGCGCGUGUUUCGAGUGUUUCGCAUCUUCAAGUUCUCCCGCCACUCGCAGGGCCUGCGGAUCCUGGGUUAUACACUCAAGAGCUGCGCCUCAGAGCUGGGCUUCCUCCUCUUUUCGCUCACCAUGGCCAUCAUCAUCUUCGCCACGGUCAUGUUCUACGCCGAGAAGGGCUCCAGCUCCAGCAAGUUCACCAGCAUCCCAGCUUCCUUCUGGUACACUAUUGUCACCAUGACAACGCUGGGGUACGGAGACAUGGUGCCAAAGACGAUUGCCGGAAAGAUCUUCGGUUCCAUCUGCUCCCUGAGCGGCGUGCUGGUGAUCGCCCUGCCCGUCCCCGUCAUCGUCUCCAACUUUAGUCGCAUCUACCACCAGAACCAGAGAGCGGACAAACGCCGCGCUCAAAAGAAAGCCAGACUGGCAAGGAUAAGAAUAUCCAAGUCGAGCAGCGCCAACGCCUUCAUCCAGAGCAAACGCAACGGACUGCUCAACGAGCUGCUGGAGCUGACGGCCAAAGAAGAGGACGAGCAGAAGCUGGCCAAGUCCAUCUCUCUGUUAGAGAGCCAACACCACCACCUACUGCAGUGUCUGGAGAAAACCACAUCUCUCCCUCUGGACUCAAACCAUCAUCCCGUUUUUUCCUCUCUCCAGGCUCAUGAGUUUGUGGACGAGCAGGUGUACGAGCAGAACUGUUUAGAAAGAGCGCUCCAGACCUACGCGUCGCGCAGCCCCUCCAUAUCCAGCCACGACAGCUCCGAGGGGACCUGCUGUGGCCGCAGGGGAAAGAGGAACACUCCCCUGCCCAACGCCAGCCUGCCCUCCUCCCACCAGGGCCCCCUGCAGGAGCUCAGCGCCAUCCACAUACAGUGUGGCGAGCCGCCAUCGCACGCGGCCAGGAAGUGUUGCCACCUCGAGGGGACAGUGAGAGAUCGUUCCAACCUCAACCUGAAAACCGAUAACAGCGGCAGGAUCAACUGCAAAGGCGGCCGGAUCACCACAGCGAUCAUCAGCCUCCCAACGCCCCCGGCUCUGACCCCCGAUGGCGACGGCCUCCACGGGCCCCCGCAGAGGAGGCCGCCGCCUCCCCCGAGUCACCCGCCGACUCCGAGCAUCCAGACCACGGCGAGCUCAGCUUGCACCAACAUCGUCAAAGUCUCUGCUCUGUGACUCUCUGGCUGACGGAUGUGACUCAGCCCAGCAGGGGGAAAGAAAGGAGGAAGAAGAGGAAGAAGAUAAGGAAGAGGAAGAGGAAGGAGUAGGUGAAGCAGGCGACACUACCUUUAUGGACGCACCGUGUCCCAGUCCCACAGGGUCAACAGGAAGAGCGCUGUUCUCCAGAGGAGUCACAGAUGGUGAGGAGAUGCAACUGAGGUAGAGGACUGUAGAUAUGUGAACCGAGAAUCACGCGCUCGUCAUGUCGUGUACGUACUGUAGAUACGGACAGAAUCGCUGCAUUUCUAAUAGUUUCUAACAGCAGUACAGGUGUUUUUACAGCAAGUGUACUGUGAAAAAAAAGAUUGAGAGACUUUGUGCAAUUAGCAUAUCAGUACAUCAGCAGCAGACGCUGUCAACAUACCACAAAUUCACAGUAAGUUUAAAGUGAGUUCACAGUGAAAAGGAUAUUUUGUUGACUUGUGUUUGAAGAAAGAAGAAAACAUGUUGACUGUGUGUACUUGAACCUGAUUGUUCCCGUUUGUGUUAUGUGUUGUUUGUCUUAAGUAUUUCGAGAAGAAGAAAAAAAAAUAACUGUAAACAGUUUUAGUUUUCUUUACAGCAUCGUUUGAACCUGAUGACACCCGAUGCUGGCAAUAUUGUGUCACUGGAAAGUGAGUUUAACGUGUGUGAGAGUGAAAACAGUGUUUUUGGUUUUUAUUUUCAUCUGCUCAUUGUGUUAAAGACCAAACUGUGCUUUUUAGUUGCUCUAUGUUUAAUUUCUGACUGGAGGUUGACCGAACACCGUCAUCAUGUCGCUAAAGGUCAUCAUGAGGUGACACAAAGCAGUAAUUCAUCAAAAAAAAACAAGAGCUGGCCUCGCUGUGGCACUCGCACCCUGGACCCCGGAUCUGUUCCUGCUGAAGACAAUGAUUUUUUUUUAAAAGGCGUAUUCAAAAUGUUGAGUCAUUUCCUCAAACACCUGGGCACUGCAGUUUCUAGGAAAAUAGUGCAUUUUUGUUUGGGACUAUUUUUUUUUUCUGUGGAUGAAUACACAUUUAGGAAUAAGCUAUAUCAAGUUCAUGCCAGUAGUAUGGAUUUGUCUUUUUGUGGGGUUUGUUGAUAGAAUUAUAGAAUAUUUCCAAUCUUUUCCCUCAGAAGGGCUCUGUCGAACAACUGUGUUGCGGUCGAAAGCAAGUCGUUAAGUGUAUGUUAGCGGACUCCAUUUAUAAACUAACGUUAGCUACUGUUGCUCUCUGUUAGCAAAGCGGAGAGGCACUUUGAGAAAAUCCGACCCGACGCCUUCUCAAAGAAAUCCACAGUCCAGCAGCAACAAAUGUUUCGCAUCACAUUACAGUCUGCUCAUAUAUAGGCCAAUAAAAAGGUGAUUAAUACAUGUAAACUGCUACACAUGGUGCCAUAGAGCCCCUUUUAAACAUUUAAAUACACAGUGUUUAUUUUUUCUAUAUGAGGAUGUGAUCCUGUUCAUGUAAAUGUGAUCAGUGAUUUUUGUCAUGUUGAAUAAAUAAAAAGCUGAUGCUGCCUCCACUCUCUGAGUGUUGUAGGCUGGGAAGGAAAAGAAUACGAGUGGGCAUUUUAGCCCACCGUCACAUCAAAACAACCACAGAGAAUGUUUUAGAAAUGGGGACAAUUCAUGUUCAAUCCAGCUUUUUCAAACAGAAAAAAGCUGCGUUAAAACCUGAUUAUUUGUGGUUUUCUAGAGGAGAGAAAGAGGAUGAAAUAUGCAACUAACCUCUCUUUGUUUUCGUUUUUUUUUCCUUCGAAACAAAGCAGAACACAAAUGUCCGUAUCGGUUGCCUUCAGUUGUACCAUUUUGUGUCUUGAGUUACCGUCAAUGAAAAGAAGAUUUUUUUUCCCCCCACAGCCAACUACAGGUGGAAUUGUAAGUCAAAGAAAGUUUUCCCUUUGAGAAGAUUACAAAGUGAAAAUACAAACACAAUCUCAAGGUUCUCUGACUACCUCCCCCAGAGUUUUCAACCACAUCACAGGUCUCUCAUCAGUGGGUCGGAUGUCGCUCAGCUUCAGAGGUGCCGAAAGUAGAAUUACUGAUUUAACAUCUUUACUCAAGUAAAAGUAAGAAAAUACGGGGAAAUGUACUUGAAGUAUGAAGGUCAGAAGUGUCCCACCCAACUCCCAACUACUUAAGUGCAAGCCUCUCAUCAUUUUGAUAGAAUUCAAAGAGGAAGUGUCCUGGCUCUCAGAAUUUGCUCCUAUGGCGGCAGCUGCAAUGUUGCCUGGUUCAGUUUUAUGCAUGUCGCUGCCUCUGUCACUACACACCGUCUUGUUAUGUUCUUAAACAUAUAGAUAUAACAUAAUUGAUAAUUCCCCUCAGAUACACUAAAACGACAGUGAUGUCCCUGUGUGGAAAAUGUAAGUAGAAAGAAAGUACUGAUAUUUGUGUUAAAAUGUAAAUGUUAGAAGUAAAAAAUCAAGUACUGCUACCUGAAAAUUCUACUUGAGUACAGUAACAAAGUACUUGUACUUCUCACCUCUGCUCAGCUGUCAUGGAGAUGCCUCUGCUGACAUGCAUUAAAUUUGGUUUAAGUUAAAGUCAACGUGGAGACGAAGUCCUAAAACAGACGUCAACAGAUUUAAUCUCACCAGACAGCUCAGCUGAUGAAGACCAUGUGAAGUGGUUGAAAGCUUUAGAGAAAGGCACCGGACCAAGUGGACCUUAAAAUGUGAUUAUUCUGCGGAACUGUUUCCAAGUUUCAAUAAAAGAACUUUGAAUUUCAUGAAUAUCCAAAAAAAAAAAAAAAAAAAAGCUGCCCCAUUAUUAAAA